AUUGCCCUUUGAUGCCCAAGUUGACUUCAAGUUCAAGCUGUACCAUGUAUGCAUGCCGACCUGAGUCAACUCCUUUAUUGAUAGACUAAAGCUAUUCGUUUGGUAACGACAAGUAUGGAGAAGCCUGAGAACAUAGUAAAGGAUGUGGAGAAUUAUCUCCGGACAACGAAUGUUGACAAAGUCGUCAAGGAGAUGGUUGUGUCGGUGCUUCAUAACAAACCUGCAUCCGUGGAGCAGCACAUGUUGAAGCACCUAGUGGGCAAAGUGAAGCAAUCAUCAGAGGAGGCGGCCGUCGCCACGGCUGAGGACGGGUCGGGGGUGGCAGUGGUCCACCCGGACGAGGGCACGCAGGCCUACCUUGCCAGCAAGGGCGUGGCAGACAUCCUCGCCAGCAUCGUGCAGCGGCUGGCUGCAGAGCGGCCGGAGGACGUGCCGGGUUUCAUCGCCUCCUACGCCCGCCACCUGCAUCAGCACUGACCCUCACUGACGGCACGGCGGCGACAGCGGACAGGCCAGGGCUGCGGCGAGCGUCGUUGAAGGAGGAAUGCGCGGGUUUGUUUUCAUUGUUCCCAGUACCAAACCAGAGACACGACGACGAGGGAGUUGAAGUCGAUGGUGGUUGCUGAGAGUGGGUUGGGCGGCAGGCGUCGAGCGGCUGGAGGCAGGCAGUGAGGUCCGCUGGGCGGGUCGCCGGGACGGCGGAGCUGCGUACCCCGGCGCCGCAGGGCACGGGUCAUAUGCCGGCGGGGCCGCGAGGGUGUGUGGAGGCGUGUUGCCAACUUGGAAGAGGCGUGUGGCGUUAUCAGCAGUGCGCGGUAUGGGGCCCUUGUGUAGGCCUCCGGCGAUUGAGCCACGCGCAUCACUGCAGGCGGAAGGGUGCAGAGCUGACGGCGCAGAGGCUGUAGUGGUGCCGUAGUGAUUGCGGUGUGCGGUGUGCAUGUGUGCGUAUGUGUGUCUGUCCGUUUUCGUCUUUUCGAUGCAGCUGAAGGGGGCCGUAUCAGGCUGUGGAGCCGCCAUGCGGGUAGCGCACUAUGGUAGUACCGGUGCGAGGAGCUGGCUGUGCAGUGCCGCAGACCCCGCAGUGGCGGCUGCGCUGGCACCACAGGCGCCACUGUGAGGAGGCCUGGGCCAAGUGGGCCCAAGGACACACAGGCGUGAGCUCAAGGGAUCUUUGGGGCUUUUGACAUCUGACCGAACCGAUUGACUGCCUGUGGGACAAUGACACGCCAUUCUGCGGGCAGUGCAUUUCACCGGCAGAGCAGGAUCUAGCCCCGGCCCAUUCGACCGGGUUGACGGGAUGGUGUCACGGUUGGAUCGUGUCAUGCCGUGCGAGGAGGCUGUUGCCCCGCCUACGAGGGCGCAGCGCCGGCCUGGCCCUCUCUCUGUAGCUCGGUGGGCGUCAUCGGAGGGC